UUUACUGCGAAUCUGGCACUGUAGUGGUAGUGCGGUGGACGUGUCAAAAGUCACAAGCACAAGAGUGUUUGUUUUGUUAUUGUUAUUAUUAAGUUUAUUAUUUCUUAUCGUACAGGCUUGUUAACUAUAACAACCAUGAAAAAAUAUCUUGUAUCAUUAGUUCUGUUUUUGUGCUUAAGUAUACCAUGUAAAUCUUCUUUAUUUGAAUCAGAUUCAUGUUAUUCGUUUGGAAGCGGUAAUGUUUUUCCCGGUGGUGCCCGGAAAGGAGAUCAUAAGUUGCAAUUUACGAAAGCAGUCAUAUCAAAGCCGGCACCGGAGUGGGAGGCAACGGCAGUGGUUAACGGAGAAAUAAAACAAUUAUCUCUAAAAGAAUAUAAAGGAAAAUAUGUCGUUUUCUUUUUCUAUCCCUUGGACUUUACCUUUGUGUGUCCGACUGAAAUUUUGGCGUUUUCGGAAAGAGUUGAAGAGUUCAGAAAAAUCAAUACAGAAGUUGUUGCCUGCAGUGUAGACUCCCACUUUACUCAUCUUGCGUGGAUCAACACUCCUCGAAAAGAGGGAGGUUUGGGAAAAAUAAAUAUUCCUCUCUUGAGUGAUCUUACCCAUUCUAUUGCUAAAGACUAUGGGGUUUAUCUUGAAGAUCUAGGUCAUACGUUGCGAGGCCUUUUUAUCAUUGAUGAUCGUGGGAUACUGAGACAAAUUACUAUGAACGAUUUGCCGGUUGGCCGGUCGGUAGACGAAACACUAAGAUUAAUUCAAGCAUUCCAAUAUACUGAUAAGCAUGGAGAAGUAUGUCCCGCUGGAUGGAAACCUGGACAAGAUACAAUUAUACCGAAUCCCGAUGAAAAAAAGAAGUAUUUCGAGAAAGUUUCCAAUAAUUAAUUUAUGAUAUAUAGAUUUAUGAAAUGAUUAAAAGUAGGUAUGAUAAAAACCACAUGUCACAAGUAAGUAGUCAAACUAAUCAGAUAAUAAAUAAGUAGAUUAGUAACUAAAUAUGAUAAAAAAUAGAUUGGAUUAAAAUGGUAUGCAGCAUAUUUUAUCUAAUUGACGGGGAGACAAAACUAAAGUUUCUAAUAGGGUUAACUUUAGCAUAACCAAAUACACUACAACCAUUUUAAAUGAUUUUAAUAGUUCCUUGUAUGAGGAUCAUGUAGGUGAGAGAGCCUAGUGCCAAUAAGAACGUCACCCCCAUCCAAAAUACCUAUAUAUUUUUUGCAUAUCUAUUUCUUGAAAUACCUUCUAAGUAUAAAAAACUUCAUCACAAAUAAGAAAAUAUAAUAGCCGUGAAAAGACUGAUUUUGUAUAAAAUGCGUAUACCUACUUAAUUUAAUAAACAUUUAUGUACAAAAUA